AUGACAAUACUGCAGAAUCAGGAUUUUACUACGCUGGUGGAUAAGGCCACCGUGGCAGAGGAAAGCCUGCAAGGGGAUUUAAAGGUUCAGAUUCCGAAGAAGAGGCUAACACCUUCCAAUUCUUAUUCAAGUGCGAGGCAGGGAAAGUGUAUGUGGGGAUCAGGUGUUUGCUACCGGUGUGGUAGACCAGGGCAUAUAGCACAUGAGUGCGACUUGUUGGGGAGCAACGCACCCCCACAGCAACCAUCUCGAGGAAGCUAUCAGGCACCACAUGGUGGAUAUCAUAGGGGUACAGCCCAGGCAAGGGUGUAUUCCCUAACUCCUGGUGACGCAGAGAACGUCGGAGAUGUGGUGACACGUAUUAUUUAUAUGCUUUUGAAUAUAGUUGUUGUACUAUUUGAUUCAAGAGCAACGCAUUCCUUUAUUUCCGGGGGAUUCGUUAAAUUAUGUGAGUUAAAGGCACAACUAUUAAAUGCUGAAUUAGCAGUGGCUACACCGUCAGGGUCAAAAGUUGUAUGCAGUAGGGUGAUUCGGGAUUUCCCAGUAGAGAUUCAGCGAAGAGUAUUACCAGUCAGUUUGAUUGUGCUUGAUAUGCACAGCUUCAAUAUUAUUCAGGGGAUGGACUAG